AAGUCGUACUUAACUUUAACAUAGGUAAAGUUCUUUUGAGCAUAUGUAUAUUGAACUCUUUUAAAGUUUUUCCCAAUUAGUUUCCAUUCACCACUUUUCCCAAAGUGAUAUGGGGUUUCGGAACCCUGUUUGAUUCGAAAUUGUAUUUGCUGGUCGGUAGAAUAGAGAGUCCCCACUCGUAUCUCACACGUCUGUCUAUCAAACGGAUACUUCGUUACGUCUAUUUCACAUUCAGCUCUCAGCUCCUUAGUUAACCGCCAUUUUAUUUUACCCUCUGAACUUACUUGUACUAUUGACUCUGUAUCCAAGCAUUUACUGUCAGAGAAAUCAUUUUCUAUGCAUAUGUCAGGACUCCAAAUCAACUUCAAUGGGACAAGAAUUGUGUCGUCGACAUUGUUAAAAUGUUUAGAGUUCCACGAUACAAAUUCAUCAAUCCAUGUCAAUUCUAUUCCAACAGAGGAGGAUAAUGUCUGAUGUUUUUCGUCAACGUCAUAAAUACUUUGAAGUACUAAACUGAUUUCGACCGUAAUUGGCGUGGAUGAAUUUUUGACUGGCCUAAUGCAGGUGUUAUAGUCUUUAAACACCGUGCUUUGAACAGGGGACUCGUGUGAAUCUCCUUUUACUGACCAGAUAAUAAUUCCAGACAUCACACAGUACACAGCGAUAAAUACUAGUACAUCCAUUCUCAAAAUCACCCGCCUCAGUGUAUGACUGUACUCACGUCAGAUUAACAAAUAUAUUAAUACAUCACAGACGUGGGGAAGAAGAUAUAACAUAAGAAUCGUAUGUCACAUAUUCAAAUUAAAUAUGGUUUUUGGAUUUUCUCUUUUGGGAAUUUUAUACGUAGUUUCCAACUAGUUAUUUUUAAGAUGAUUUUCUAAGAAUGACUGAAAUAUGCGCAUAUCAAAGAUAAGGAGACAAGAGUUAUACAACAUAAGGAUAUGUAAGAAACUGCAACUGAGCUUCAGUGAUCAUUUUAUGAAUUGUGAGCAAAAUGAUAAGUUUGUGGAUUUUGUUGUAUUGUUUAUUGCAGUGCGAGAUUAAAACUACAUCGGGAUUUAAACACCAAGAGCAUCCAGAAUAUAUGCUCUUUGAAAAACUCUUCAAUGAUACUGUGAACAAGUACAAUCCGAAUGUUCGACCAACACUGGAUUACCACAAGCCAGUCACAGUUAAUGUUUCAGUCAAUCUAGUAACGCUGCAUUCGUUGUCAGAGCGGUCUCAGACGCUUCGGACCACUGUAUGGAUUGAUCUGGAGUGGACCGAUCUACACAUGACUUGGAACCGCAGUCUUUUUGGUCAUAUCGACUCAGUAGUUGUUCCACAAGAAAAAAUCUGGAUACCAGAUGUAUGCAUUGCAAAUGAAGUAACUAACAACAAGUGUUUGUUAAAAUCAGAGAAUGGAAAAUCACUGAUUGACUAUACAGGCAAGGCCACACUUUGGUGGAACAGGGAGGUGCAGACGAGAUGUGACGUAGACAUCAGCCGAUACCCUUUUGAUACCCAAGUGUGCUCCAUUCGUAUCGGAACUUGGUAUUCAGAAGAUGAGAAAGUUAAGCUUACACCAAAAUCCGAUAACAUUGACUUUAAUAACUAUGUCCUCAGUGAAGAAUGGGACAUUGUUAGCUCAAGCAUUAAAACAGUUCCCAUAGAAAACGACAAAAAUUUUACUGAGCUGGAGUUCGUCAUUGUAAUGGACAGGAAACCUUUAUUCUAUUUGUAUAGUACUGUGCUGCCUAUUCUUCUAUUAUCAGUGUUAAAUAUGGUGUGUUUUCUUGUUCCCAUUGAGUCCGGGGAGAAAAUAGGCAUGACAAUGGCGAUAUUUUUAACAUUCGCCGUCUUUAUGACUUUAAUUAGUUCAAUGGUUCCCAGAUCUUCAGAACAUGUGUUUAAAUUUGGAAUUUUCAUGACCAUGCAUCUUUUGAUGAGUGGCAUGACAAUACUCUUAGAGGUCUUUGUAAGCCAUAUCUACUAUAAACCAAAAGGAACAGACAUGAACAGGAUGUAUACUUGGAUAUUAAAUCAUUUUGUUUCAAAUGACAAAAAUGACAACGAAAAACGAAGUUCACUGCACGCAAACGAAAAUGACGUAAUGGUGGGUUUCGGUUUUGAGACAGAUCCUUGGCAAAAAUUAGCUAUAGGACUGGACAAAGUGUUUGGUUAUAUUGUUACCAUCAUCAACGUCUUGUUGAUCCUUUUGUUCUUUGUAACUGUAAAUAUAGAAUGAUUUGUGAAUGAAUACUCAUAAUGAAAUUCUUAUCUAAUCUGUCCUUAUGUUUCUGUAAAAAGUUUAGCGUUCCAAUCAUUAAGUUUUUUGAAGUUUUGAAUGAGUAGAAAUUAGAUAUUUGACAAAGGAAAGAAAAAGGUUUACUAAAGACCUUCAUUGGCUCUGUGAAUUUCUGACAAAUAAAAAAUGCUGAGUUUUA